GAUAUUCCCACGCGCGACACUUCCUGCAGCACACCGUGACCAGCAUGUCGAUAUCCAUGGGGUUGAGGUGGUCGGGUCGCGGGAUUCGUGGGGCCCAAAGGAAGGUGGUUGUCGGGUCAAGAAAUGGACGAAAUUUUUCCCAUUACACCUUGAAUUCUAGGUCAAUACGAAGACCGGAUACCUGUUCAACUCGAUUGAACUCGUCACAGCAGGUUCGAUCGCUUUCUCUCUUUGGCUGGGGCUCUAGCAAGCCCUCCGGCGAAGUUGAACACCCUUCCUCCCAAUCGACUCCUCCUUCACCAGCAUCAGAGUCCACUGCGCAAGCUUCAGCGCUCCCGUCGCAACCGACAAUUGAAUCAACACGGACAGUCAAGGCCUCGCACUCCACCUCGGACGCUGCUGACCCGUCAAUUGCGAACGUAGUCGAAUCAGACGCUCUGCAAAAGGUGGAAAAGUCAGUUCUGCAGUCUCAAGAAAGUACAUCCGCAGUAGGCGCGGCAGCCGGUGACACACCGGACCUAGCCAGUGUCCCAGAAGGCUUAGGAUACUUGAAAGAUGUCUGUGGCCUAGAUUUUGGCACGGGUCCGACUGCUCUCAUGCAGUUCUGUCUGGAGCAUAUCCAUGUCACUGGCGGAUUGUCCUGGACGGCGUCGAUAUUAGCCCUUGUGCUGCUCAUCCGAGGUUCAAUCCUUCCUUUUGCAAUCUCGGCGUCAGACAUGACUGCCAAAUUCCAAGAAAUCAGCCCCAUGAUAAGACAAAUACAAGCAAGGAGUCAAGAGGCUUUGGCAAACCAUGAUCGCACGGCGGUUUUGGAGGCACAGAUGCAAAUGAGAGAGCUCAGGAAAGACGCCAAACUCUCUUUCACCAAGAUGUUCCGGCCGAUAUUAUUUCAGAUCCCGCUCGGUUAUGGAGCAUGGAAUCUUCUGAGGAGCUGCUCGCAGUUACCCGUGCCAGCUUUCGAGGCCGAACACUUCCUGUGGCUAAGUAACAUUGCCGUGACUGAUCCAAUCUAUAUCUUGCCUAUAACUACCGCAGCACUUACAUGGGUCAACCUAGCUACCACUCAAAGAUCCCAGGGUGGGCAGUCUCAGCUCCCCGGUAUGGGAGUGGUGCGAAACAUUAUUCCUCUCAUCACGGGUGGCUUCCUUGCAUUCCAACCAGCCUCCGUUCAGAUCUAUUUCUUGAUCAACAGCUUUUUCACCCAGCUACAAGUUACCGCGCUGCAGAGCGCGUCUUUCAGACGUCUUCUGAAGUUGACCCCGCUGCCGCACCAGAGAUCCGCGUCAGAUACCACCACUCCAUAUUCACGGAUGAACGUCCAGCCGACCGUGAUCACUACUACUGCUCGAACCACCACUGCUGCGCCUGAGCCAACUCCUACAGCAGAUCGCAGUCUCAUCGACAAGGGGGUUGAUUCGGUGAAAUCCAUGGGGAAGAAGGCGUGGCAGAACGUUUCCGGUUCCUCCAAAGAACAGAUGGAAAAGAAAAUGAAAGAAAAGCAAUUGGAAAAGCAAAAGGAUGCUGCAGCAAGGUACGAGGCCCAGCGAAGGCAGGACCUAGAGAUCCAGCGAUCAUACCGGAACGCCGUCGCGAGCGGGCAAGUCCCUAACCCGGGUUCAGCGUCAACUCCAAAAGGAAGGGGCGAGAAGUGAGAACAGCGUUGUUUUGACGAAUAGAUUGCCGGGGAUAUUACAAGAUCAACCACACUUGUGGUUCCAUCUAGAAAAAGCGCGGUUUUCGUCUGCAAGCGAUGGCCGCCAGCCUCGGGUUGUAUCGUUUAUUCUGCCACUACACGCUCAAGGGUCGGUCUUCACGAACAGCGAGAACACCAAAAGACGUCAAAAGAAAUCUUGGAGCGAUAAAGCGACAUGUCAGAUGGAUGUACAGGAAACCAAGGGCAGGCGCACUCGAUUCCCCAAUAUUCACUUUUGACAUGUGUAUUAGAACUCUCACCGAUGGGCACACCGGGCUUUGCAGGCUGCAAGGUGUCCAGAUUUUAUGGCUGCCCCUUGUAGGUUGAUGCCCGGGUGUAUGUAUAACUCAACCUACGACUCUCAAGUGCAAAGGAUUGUUGGAAAAGAAGCCACAUGAAAAUCGGUCUGAAAGACAUAUUCUUGUACAACGUUCGUGUCGCAUAGCGAGGGAUAUAGGGAGUACUUGAAUCCAAACAAAAGCCUCAUCUCUCCUCCAAA